AUGAGUCCGAAGAUCCUCCUGGUGUGUCUGUGUAUCGCCUCCGCAACACCAGCAGAUGCUGCGUUUGAGCUCUUUUUCAAAUUCAGACCAAGCGAGAACUGCGCAGCUGCGCAACAAGAUAACGGCACUUCACUCGCGGUUGUCAUGUGGUAUGUAUGUACAUUCAACAAGACGUCUAGGCUGAAGGAGGAGACUUGGUUGCUCAAUAAUCAGAAUACAAUCUCGGGUAGCGCUAGAAUGAAGUUCAAACACCAAGAACACAAAGAUUUCGAGUUUGGACUAUACGUGUUGGUUCUUCGCCAAGGUCUAGUACGAAGAAAUGAGAACCAUCCGACCAAUCCCAGAAUUAUUAAACCCAAUUUGCUCUUCAAUAGAACGUGGACAUACGCAGCACAAUCAGGACAAGGAUCUGAUUUUGCGAAGAUGUAUUAUCUCGCACCUUUUGCUGCUCGUAUCGAAUUCACCGUGAUGAGACAAACUGGACAGACGGGGACUCCCACCGUCUAUGACCUCAGAUCGUGUGCAGAUACUGGAAAGUUUAUCGCAAAUGAAGGCUACUACCAACUUCACUUGGAAAGCGGCGAAUGGUGGCCCACCUAUUACGACCCUGUGAAUAGCAAGCUUUACUACUGA